AUGAAUCCAACACCCUGGCUCUUCCCAGUGGACUACGUACAACUUACAGUAUUCUUUACCUCUAAAACACUACUAGAAGAACUCUCAACUGAAUUCGAUAUUCUUUGGAAUGAAAUACAAGGAGGAACCUUACUUAUAACGGCGGCCACCGUGAAUCGCAAUCUUGAAAUAAGACUAUUGGAGCUUAAAUGCCAAAAGGCAAUUCACCGGCAGUGUCACCUAUACAAGGACGGAGGGUCGGCCAGUUCCUCACUUCCGUCAAGUGGCUCACACUCCGUCACCGCUCUCAUGUCACCACCCAUUGCUCCCUUCAACAUCAAGUCGGCUAAGAUCAGCCUAUCUAAACAGCUUACUACACUUGAAACACUACUGAAAGAUGUUGAUGACUUAAAAGAUAUUGACGACUCCCCAUAG